AGCAGCUGUCUGUCCUCAGGUCUUCCUGUGGACUCUGUUGACAUGAUGGGGACAGACAGUAAAGUGGUCUCUGAUCAGGUUCAGAGAGUCCCGCUCUCAGAGUCUCAGCUGGACUUCCCCGGUCACCCGUUCUCCGUGUCCGUCCUUAAAGCCGGAUACUGUCUCCCGCAGACCAACGGGACGUUCAGAGCCGACGGGACCAUCACUCUCAUAACGGGACCCAAGACCAUUCUGGUGGACACCGGGGGACCGUGGGACCGGGACUUUCUCCUCAUGUCACUGAAGGAGCGGGGUCUGGAGCCGGAAGACGUUAACGUGGUCGUGGGGACUCACGGACAUUCAGACCACAUCGGGAAUCUGGCUCUUUUCCAAGCAGCGCUGAUGAUUGUAGGUUAUGACGUCAGUGAGGGGGACCGGUACCGACCCAACGAGCUGGCAGACGGACACGGUUACGUCAUCGAUGAGCAGGUAUGUGUAGUUCCCAGUCCAGGCCACACAGGACAGGAUGUCAGCGUUCAGGUGAAGGGAACCUCAGCGGGGACAGUGCUUGUUGCAGGGGACUUAUUUGAGUGCUGUUCAGAUGAGGACAGCUGGCGGGAUCUGAGUAUGAACACUGCAGUACAGGAGGUCAGCCGCCGAGAGGCAUUACACACCGCUGAUGUCAUCAUCCCGGGACAUGGACUCCCGUUUAGAGUCCUCAGGAACUGAUAAAGCCCUGGAAAUGGGUCAGGGUUAUAUGAGGACAUGACUUCCAACCAAGCCAACACAACCAACCAACCAACCAACCAACCAACCAACCAACCAACCAACCAACCAACCAACCA